UCGUAGAUGUCGUGUUUAUUUACUGGAUGGCUGGGCAUGUAGAGUGUAAUCAUCCCAUCUUUUAGCUUUGCGCAAUGAGUAGACUCCUGGCCACCGUCUCCCUGGUUGCUGGCGCCAUCGGCGCUACUUUACAUCACCAGCCAGUUGCUGCCGCUGUCGCUGCGUCGUCCGCUGUGAAUAAAACGACUUGCAAUGGCGUAAAUUAUGAGUACGAGGAGCUGGCUGGCUACGGAUACGUUGUUACGGAUGCGAAGGACAAGUUCAACGACACCCUUGGAGGACUCGGUUCAUCUAUACAUCUAGAGCGUGGCGCGUGGAAGAAGCUUUCUAAUGGGAGCUAUUCUGGCGUAUUGUGGUCUUUACCUGACCGUGGUUGGAAUACCGAAGGAACUCUGAAUUUCAACCCACGAGUCCACAAGUUCAACAUCAUUUUCACUCCGCAGCCUAACGCAACAGUGGCCAGCCCAUCAGGUCCGAACUUGUACUUCGAGUAUUUGGACACGAUACUUUUCUCUGGACCCGAUGGGACGCCUUGCACUGGAUUGGAUGCUGAUGCGACGGGGCACGUCUCAUACCCCGGAUUCCCUGAUCUUCCCAUUGCUACUUACACUGGCGAUGGCUUCGGCAAUGAUGGCCCAGGCGGUAAACGCAUUCCGGUCGACGCAGAAGGGUUAUAUGUGAACGAAGACUCGAGCUUCUGGGUGUCUGAUGAAUAUGGCCCUUAUAUCUAUUUGUUCGGUCCCGAUGGGAAAAUGCUGACAGCCAUUCGCCCUAAUGAUGCGAUUGUUCCCGUCCGUAACGAUAACGUCUCGUUCUCGGCUGAUAGCCCUCCACGUUAUGUUGAUAAUGGGGAAGGUAAUGACGUAGACCCGGCUGAUCCCGAUAGUGGUCGCGAUAAUAAUCAUGGCUUCGAGGGUCUCACUGUUUCAGACGACGGCAAAUCGCUGUGGGCACUCUUGCAGGCUGCGACUGUUCAAGAUGGUGGCCUGGAAAAACAAACCAUGCGAUAUACGCGUUUGGUCAAAUAUGAUAUUUCGAAUCGACUUUCACCCGUUUACGAGGGGGAGUGGGUUGUGCCCCUCCCCUUGUACAACGACCCCACGGCAAAGCCAUCGAAGAAUCCAAAAGCUGCGGCACAGUCUGAGAUACACGCUCUAGACAACGGCCAAUUCUUUGUCCUGUCUAGAGAUGGAGGUGCCGGGCACGGGGCUGACAGCUCACUUUCCGUUUAUCGUCAAAUCGACGUGUUCGAUCUCUCUAACGCAACGGACAUCAAGGCUGCUGGGGGUUAUGACUGUGUUGGUUGCAAUGUUGCCAAAGAGAAGAGUGGAGAGUUAAAGAAGAAGAUCACUGCUGCGACGUAUUGCAGCUUCCUAGACUUUAACGUCAAUGAACAGCUGAACCGAUUUGGUGUACAUAACGGUGGUGAUCAAGACCAAUAUUUGCUGAAUGAGAAGUGGGAAUCCCUCGCAAUGGUUCCUGUUGAGCCCAACAAGCCGAACGGAGGGUUUUACGUCUUCAGCCUUAGCGACAACGAUUUCAUUACCCAGAACGGAUCCAUGGGUGGUGGCAAGUUACCAUAUGCCGACAGUAGCGGCUAUAAUCUAGAUAGCCAGGCUCUUGUAUUUAAGAUCCAGAUCUCGACUUGAGAUGAUCUCGUACGGCUCGUGAGAAACGGCCAAUGGAUGCAUUCGUUCACGAAAAGGAACGAUAAGAGAAGAAGGGUUCUUCCUGGUUCAAGGAUCCCUGACUACUACACUAGGUAGGCAACGUAAGGCUUUGGUUGGGCAGCAGGAAUUACGGGGGAGCACGUGUUUAUCAAGCAUAAGCUAACGUUUGAAUAUUUGAAUGUAUGUGUAAGACGGUGCAAGAGAUCUAGGCCCGUGAGGCGGCGAGGGAGGCCGGGAAGGU